AACCUGAGUCCAGGAAGGUCCUUCCAGGCGCCAAUCGUCCAGCAGUAUGGAGACCAUGAGUAAGCAGCUGGCAGACCUUCCCAAAACGGCAAAAUAAGACGCCAAUUGCCCGCUCGGCCACCUGACUCGGCUCUCGCCAGUCUCAUUGCAGUUUUGACUCUGGUCUGCACGAUGCGAGUCACCAAGCACAAUCUGGAGUGGUGGGCUAGACCCCAAGAUCCACAUGUGUUCCUCACCGACAGAUAGAGAGGCAAGCUGCCACACCUCGGGGGAACUUCGGGUUUACCCCACCAUCAAGCAUCUCAUCAACUGGGGUCGGUUUAUUAGGUAGCCGCGAUUACCUGCUAUAGAGCUAAGCGACAGUGGAGCUAGUUGCUGCUGCCAAGGAUUACGGUGUCUCUCUCGUAUAUAAGUAACUGGCUACUCCAGUGCGCGGCUGUCCUUCUCAAUGCGACUUGUCAAUCCAGUCAAUCAACAGUAUGGGCGACCACAGAGAAGCUGGACAUGGCAACUACGCUCAGGAUGAAAUCGCUCCGGCUGAUGAGUCUACGUUCCUACUUCCCAAGGAUGUCGGAGAUGUUAAAAGCAAGAUUCUCAGUACCAACUUUGCCGCAUUGAUGGCCGGGCUGAACGAUGCUGCAUUGGGCCCUCUGAUCCCGUACAUACAACCAACUUAUGAUGUUGGUCUUCUGCAGGUGUCCAUCAUCUACCUAGUCAACUUUGUGGGUUGGGUUGUCGCCUCAUUCGCCAAUAUUCAUGUCUGUUCCCAUAUAGGAACGGGCGGUACACUGGUCCUGGGAGCAACCAUUCAGUGUCUCGGCUAUGCCUUGAUGUUCUGGAGUCCGCCUUUCCCCCUCUUCGUGGCAGCAUUCUUCUUCACUGGUUGCGGCGUAGCUUUCCAAGAUGCCCAGAUGAACAUGUUCACUAUAACUGUCAAGGACGCCCAUCGGUGGCUGGGCAUUUUGCAUGCCGUGUAUGGCGUCGGAACCAUUCUCGCUCCAUUGAUCGCCAAUACGAUUGCCUCGAGAAUGCCAGUCUGGCACCACUACUACCUUGUGACCAUGUUGCUCGGCGUACUAAACAUCACAUCUCUGGUCUGGACCUUCAGAAAGGGGCUCUUCCGUCCCAAUGUGAGCAAUGCGAAGGAGACGGCCGGCAAGGAGCUUCGAGAAACAGUGUCAAACAAGACUGUGUGGAUAUUCAACGGCUUCUUCUUUUUGUACGUUGGCGCGGAGGUGACUGCUGGAGGUUGGCUUGUGCAGUUCCUUGUUUCGGUGAGAAAUGGCGACCCUACCAAAGUAGGAUAUAUUGCGUCCGGCUUCUGGACCGGCUUUACCUUGGGCCGUGUUGCUUUAGCGGAUAUCACGCAUCGCUUGGGUGAACGGCGCAUGGUGUUCGUUUAUACCGCGUUGGCUGUGGCGAUGCAGCUUUUGUUCUGGUUGGUGCCAGACAUCACUAUCAAUGCAGUCACAGUGUGUUUCCUGGGUUUCUUUAUCGGUCCUUUCUACCCAGUUGGACUCUAUCUUCUCACCAAGGUCAUCCCAAAAGAACUUCACGUGGGAGCAAUGGGAUUCACUGCCAGUCUUGGACAGGCAGGGUCCGCUGCAUUCCCUUUCCUAACGGGAGCGGUGGCCUCCCAGGCUGGCGUCCAGGUUUUGCAGCCCAUCAUGCUGGGGCUGCUCAUUGGAAUUGCCUUUUUCUGGUGCUUGGUCCCUAGACAGAGGCCAAUCACGGUUUGAGUAGAUGUAGAAAGGCCAUAGUGGCGCUACAUUUGAGAUGCGGCGCUAUACCUACGCAUGGGUAGUUUUGCUAUGCUGAUAAAUAACAUUUCGAUCCUUGGACCGAUGAAGAUAUGCUGCUUCCAUGAAUAUCACGAGUAUCAUGUUCUCAAUGAAGUUGAGAAGCAUUUUCACUUCGAAGCUGAUCGUUCAAGCACCCUCUCUAGGCGCGCGUCUGGACCACAACAUAGAUGGCAAAU